AUGGCCUAUUUCUCUCUUCCUCUCUCAGCCUCUGUGACGGUCGCUCCCAACAGGUCUCAGUAUUUCGAGUACGAGCAGGUCUCCGUGAGCUGUGAGCACCGCGGCACCGGCGAAUGGACGGUGUGGAGAGUCACAACAAAAGGCUUGGAGCUGUCCCAGUGUGGGUCGGGCUGGGGCAACCGGACUUCCUCUACCUGCGACAUGAAGACGGUCAAGCUGUCUACCAGUGGGGUGUACUGGUGUGAGUCAAAACACAGACACAGCAGCUACGCCGUCAACAUCACCGUCACUGAUAAACCAGUGAUCCUGCAGAGUCCCGUCCUCCCUGUGAUGGAGCGAGGUGACGUCACUCUGCGCUGUACAGCAAAGACAUCCUCCGACCUCCCAGCUGACUUCUAUAAAAACGACAUCUUGAUUUGGUCUGAGCGUCCAGGUCACGUGACCAUACACAAUUUUUCCAAGUCUAACGAAGGUGCCUACAAAUGUCGGAUCAGAGGCCUUGGGGAGUCCCCAACCAGCUGGCUGCUGAUGACAGACGAUUCCGACCCGGCGUCUCUCACGGUGUCUCCUGACUCGUCUCAGCUGAUUGAAUACGAUAAUCUGUCUCUGAACUGCGGUGACAACAGCAGCUUUCACGGUUGGCGCAUCAAAAGGUUCACAACUUUUAGAGGCGAGCUGUCCGGCUGCGGCGAGGCAUGGGGGACUCCUACUUCCUUUGGCUGCGUCCUCCGAACAGCCAAGCAGCCUGACAGCGCCGUUUACUGGUGCGAGUCGCCUGCCAGGCAGCGGAGCAACUCUGUCAACAUCACUGUGUACGGUAGGAACGUGAUCCUGCAGAGUCCUGUCCUCCCCGUGAUGGAGGGACGUGAUGUGACUCUGCACUGUAAAGCAAGGACCGCUCCCUCCACCCUCUCGGCCGCUUUCUAUAAAGAUGGCUCCCUCAUCGGGACCGAGACUGCAGGUCACAUGACCCUCCGCCAUGUUUCCCGGUCUGACGAAGGCCUCUACAAGUGUCACAUCGGCAGCCGUGGAGAGUCUCCGUCCAGCUGGCUGUUUGUCAGAGACACCCACAGCGCAGCUCCAGCCUCUGAACCAACCCUGCCGAUGCUGAAAACGAUCCGCUACAUCGUGGUGUGCUCUCCAUACUUCAUCUCCACUCUCCUCCUGUUGUUUAAAUGCCUACAAAUUCCAAGAGAGAGGGCCCCGCCUGUUUCCAUGACAACACCCCCACCCAGCGAGGAUAAUGAGGGAUUGGACGGACAGUAUGAAGAUGUCAUUGCUGACGUCAUCACCGAGCAUCAUUUUUAA